CGAGUGUUCAUUCCUCCAGGAUCAGGCAAUGAGUUUAUAGGCAGUGCAUCUCUGUCAAGGUUAGUAGUCCCAUCACAUUGGAAUUGAUAAACCAAUACUUGACGGAGAAAUAAUAACAACAGUUGUCUGCACAAUGCGUGAAUGUAUCUCAGUCCACAUCGGCCAGGCCGGAGUCCAGAUGGGCAAUGCCUGCUGGGAGCUGUACUGCCUGGAGCACGGCAUCCAGCCUGAUGGUAAGAUGCCUAGCGACACGAGCCAUGGUCAAUGCACCGACUCCUUCAACACCUUCUUCAGCGAGACUGGCGCGGGACAACACGUUCCCCGUGCUAUCUUUGUCGACCUUGAGCCCACGGUCAUAGAUGAGGUACGCAAUGGCCCCUACCGUCAGCUCUUUCACCCUGAGCAGAUGAUCACAGGCAAGGAAGACGCCGCCAACAACUACGCACGGGGCCAUUACACGGUGGGCAAAGACCACAUAGACCAAGUUCAAGAUAGGAUCCGAAAACUGACGGAGAUGUGUAGUGGACUUCAAGGGUUCUUGUUCUUCCACAGCUUUGGUGGAGGCACUGGCUCUGGUUUUACUUCUCUUCUGAUGGAGCGUCUUUCCAUUGAAUACGGCAAGAAGUCCAAGCUAGAGUUUUCCAUCUAUCCGGCUCCUCAGAUGUCUUCUGCCGUGGUAGAGCCCUACAACUCCAUUUUAACCACUCAUGUCACCUUGGAGCACUCUGACUGCGCCUUCAUGGUCGACAACGAGGCCAUAUAUGAAAUUUGCCGUCGCAACCUCAACAUCGAACGACCGACUUACUCCAACCUCAACCGUCUAAUUGCUCAGAUUGUGUCCUCAAUCACUGCCUCUUUACGUUUUGAUGGCGCCCUCAACGUUGACCUGAAUGAGUUCCAGACCAACUUGGUGCCUUACCCAAGGAUUCAUUUUCCUCUUGUUACCUAUGCGCCCAUUGUGAGCAAGGAAAAGGCCUUCCAUGAAAAAUUUAGCGUUGGAGAGAUCACCAACGCCUGUUUUGAGCCGGUCAAUCAGAUGGUGAAGUGCGAUAUUAGUCAAGGCAAGUACAUGGCCUGCUGUCUGCUUUACCGUGGUGAUGUUGUCCCUAAAGAUGUCAGUAGAUCCAUUACAACCAUAAAGACCAAGCGUACCAUCCAGUUCGUCGACUGGUGUCCAACUGGCUUCAAGGUGGGCAUCAACAACCAGCCGCCCACCGUCGUGCCUGGCGGUGAUUUGGCCAAGGUGCAGCGUGCCGUCUGCAUGCUGAGCAACACCACGGCCAUCGCCGAGGCCUGGGCUCGUCUGGAUCACAAGUUCGAUCAGAUGUACGCCAAGCGUGCCUUCGUCCACUGGUACGUGGGAGAGGGUAUGGAGGAGGGCGAGUUCUCUGAGGCUCGAGACGACUUGGCUGCCUUAGAGAAAGAUUACGAGGAGGUUGGGGCAGACUCUCUUCCUGAGGACAGUGAGGGUGUAAAUGAAGAAUACUAAUGAUGGGUUGUGUAUCGGCUCAAAUUAUUUUUUUCACCUUUGGCCGCUGUUUCUUGGUUAUUUUUUUGUCCGUAUCAAUAAGUUACCAUUAAAGAGAAGGUUUGCAGAAACACCAUUAUAGGAUUGAACUCUGUAUGACUGGUGAUUCUGAAUAGAAGGUUCAGUCUUGUUUUGAUUACCCUGUGACCCUGUUUUGAUGACAAAAGAGGGUGUCGGUUUUCGUAUGUUAAAUUACAUGUAUACAUUUAGAACAUUAUGAUAAAGAUUCUUACUGUUUGAAAUUCCUCUUUAUAGGUUCCUGUUGUUAUUGUUUUUCAUUUUAAUUUACCUUUCUGUCAUUGCUUAGUCUUUUAUUUUAAUUUGUAAAAUUAUUCCUCUGCAAAAUUUAACGCAUUUCUUCGUGUACGUUGAUGUGUAACAACGCCCUCUAACAGCUGUUUAUGUCUAACACUUAGAUUGUUGGCGUCCUUGUUAAUAUAGCAAAAAUACAUCGAGUCAGUCGGUAAUUUACUGAUCUUAUUGAUUAAUAAUCAGUCCGAUUACUGAUCAGAUAACAGACUAUAUCAUUAGGCAGAGAAAUAUUUUCCUCGAUUAAUGACUGAUGUAAUGGGAAGAAUACAAUGACCACAUACACACAUUCUAAGGGCUUACCAGUUUGUUGCAAUAUGAAAUUCUUUUGUUAUUACAAAAUUACUUUGAAGACAAAGAUUAAAAUUAAAAUGAACAGAACCUUAUUAAAUUUUUUAUCAGCAAUUUAAUGUUUGAAUUUGAUUUUCAAAGUUUUGUAGCUCCGUUAUUUCAUACGAAUUGUUAUUUACUGUUUCAGAGGUAGAUGGAGAGAUAUGUGCAUGAGUGCUUUUCAAAAUUGCAUUUUCAACAACUGCAAAAUGAAAAUUUUGCAUAGAAUAAUAACAAACGAACUUAA